UAACCCUAACCCUAACCCUAACCCUAACCCUAACCCUAACCCUAACCCUAACCCUAACCCUAACCCUAACCCUAACCCUAACCCUAACCCUGACCCUGCUGUCAACACAGCUGCAACUCUGGCCGAAAGUGCCGGGGCAGCUACCGUCAUACCCACCGCAGCACCCGCAGCUACCACCGCUACAGCUUCUAGCGCUGCAGCUGGUGCUGGUCUCUCCACCGUUGCAACCGCCUGUCUUGUCGUGGUCACCGUCGCGAUCGUCGUCGCGGUCGGUGUCUUCUGCUGGUCCAAGUACCAAGAGCACAAGCGUGAGCAACGCCGAGAAUUACGCGAGGAGCAACUCCACCGUCAACGCAUGGUUCCCACCCAGCCCGUUUCCACCCCUUAUCGCGACUCCGUUGACAUGAGCCAGGUUUAA